AGUGCUGCCAACUUGACAAAAUAAUCCUCCAUUUUGAUGUGGGCAGCUGAUAUUUAUUUUAGAAAAUAAAUAAUAUUUUCUCCAAUAACUCAAAAUGGGUGCUUCUAUUUUGCCCAUCGCUGUUUUUACCAUCUUAUGGGGCGUCGUUGGUAUCGUCUGCCCCUUCUUCGCCCCUAAAGGUCCUAACAGAGGGAUUAUCCAAGUGGUGUUGAUCUUAACAGCAGCAACUUGCUGGUUAUUCUGGCUGUGUGCGUACAUGGCACAGAUGAACCCGCUCAUCGGGCCCAGACUCAACAACAGCACGCUCAUCUGGAUGUCCCGCACCUGGGGAAACCCCUACAAGAACAACUAAGCGAAGAAGGUUGCCACCGGAAGUAUUUAUUCCAUAUUUGAAUCUGUAAGUGUAUUCUUUUUGAGGUUAUAGACAACUGCCGUUAAAGUUUUGUGGAAUGUAAUAUCUAACUUUAUGUAUCAUUAGAAAAAAAAAUCUUUUAAAGAAUCGUUCCAUACUUUUGGAAAAUUAUCUAACCGUUUGAUGUGUAAUGAAAGCUGUUAUAAAGUCAGUUAAGUUAAAUGCAAUGGAAGCUAAAGUUAUCUGUCUAAUGGGUGGUGUUCUACCACAAUUUACUUACUUAAUUUCAUUCCAAUGAAGUACACAGGAAUAAAUGUUAUAAACAACCAUUAUGUAUUGUAAUAUAAAUAAAUAUUAUUAACUAUUAUAAAGUUUAAGCAUUGAUUGUAGAAUAUUGUUUCAAUAAAGUUACGUGUACAUCAA